CUCAAGACGCACACUCUCGAACAAGUGAGUCGCAAAUCGAGGAGAGGCAGAGGAGGAGGGAAGCAGGGGGAGAGGAGGGGAUGCAAAGACAGGGCGCUGGAAGUUGAACUGAGUGUCUAAUCUGCGUGGUUUCUCUCUUUAGCCCUAUCUGGACUCUGACAUGCAGAGCCGAUGGUUCGACUUUGGCGGCGAUACAAUCAUUCGGACGGACUCAUACAUCCGCCUGACCUCCGACCGACCCUCGCAAAACGGCUGGCUCUUUUCACGGGUGCCCCUCACGGCGACCAACUGGGAGGUGGAGGUUGAAUUCAAGAUCCACGGCAAGAACUCACUGUACGGCGAUGGCUUCGCGAUGUGGAUCACGAAGCAGCGAGGCCAGCUCGGGCCCGUCUUUGGCCAUGCCGACAAGUUCGAGGGCCUGGGCGUCUUCGUCGACACGUACAAGAACAACCGGCCCGGCGUCGUCUUCCCCUACGUCAUGGCCAUGUUUGGCGACGGCCAGAAGACCUACGACAAGAACAACGACGGCAAGGACACGGAGCUGGCCGGCUGCUCGGCACGCGGCCUCCGCCACUCGAGCAUCCCCACCAAGCUCCGGUUGACCUACUUCCAGGACAAGAGCCUCAAGCUGGAGCUGCAGUACAAGACGGUCGGCGACUGGCUGACGUGCUUCGAGGUGCAGAACCCGCCUUCGAUCCCCAACAUUGCGUACCUGGGCUUCAGCGCCGAGACGGGCGAGCUGAGCGACAACCACGACAUCAUCUCGGUCGUGUCCAAGAACCUCUACACCAGCCCCGUGGCUAGCGGCCCCGGCAAGGGGGGCUCCAAGAACCAGUACAAGGUCAAGAACGCGAGCGAUGCAAGCGGCGGAAGCUGGACCUGGUUCUUCUUCAAGAUUGUCUUGUUCAUCCUCGUGGCGGGUGGUGCGUACGUGGGCUUUACCGUGUACAGGGCGAAAUCCAAGAGCCACAGGUUUUGAGUACGC